AUGGCACGCUUGAUGUUGUCUUUAGCUCGUAUUCCUCAGCCUCGAAUAGGCUCCUUCGACUUUCACAACAACGGCACGAUCACAUUGACAAACCGACCACUGCCCUGUUCUAUUAUCAUAUUAGAAAAUAAUGGUGCCCCGAGAACGAUAUCGAGAAAUGAAACAUACACUUCCACCGAGCCUUUUGUUGCAGAUAUGCUUACAUUCCAUGACGACUUCUUUCUCGCCAAUCCAAACGCUGUUUCAAGUAUGGGAGACUGUCUUGGCCAGAUGGCUGCUAAAGCAAUGCUCAGGGCACUCUCACAUCAUUAUAUACAGCGGGAAAGCCGUAACGGGCCAUUCCGUCUUCAGCUUACCGAUUUUCAUGCGAGCAACAUCUUCGUGGACAAAGACUGGAACAUUACAUGUCUCAUAGACCAUGAGUGGGUUUGUGCGCUACCUACCGAGAUGCUUUCCGUGCCGUAUUGGCUUACCGGGUGCGCUAUUGAUGACAUAACGGAAGAGAACCUUCGUGAGUUUGAAAUCGUUCAUCGGGAGUUUUUGAAUAUAUUUGAAGAGGAGGAAGUCAAGAUGACGCCAACGAAUCCGCCUGCAAUGACACGAAUCAUGCACGACAGCUGGAAAUCUGGAGCAGUAUGGUUCUGGCAUUGUAUUACGUCUGUAAAUGCCGCGUGGUCUCUAUUCGACGAUCAUAUCGGUCCUAGAUUUCUUCCUCUCUCUACAGAUUCCGAAGGAAUACUUUCACAGUAUUGGUGUCAGGGUUCUAUUCUGGUUGCUGGGAGAAAGGUCGCUGAGCGGGAAGAAUAUGUAAAACAGUUACAAGUUCUCUUUGACGAAAAGGCAGGCCUCUCCACUGAGGGAGAGACUCGUAACUAA